GGACAGAGUUGGAAUGUGAUUGAAUUUAAUGAAUUAUGCAAAUAUUUUAAUUUUUCAUGUGUACCGGUUCAGUAUUUUUCCAUUCAACCUUAACGAAAUUAUUGUUUUUAGUAUUAUAAUACUUUUGAGUGCAGUCCAGUGCUGAACUGCAAAAAUGGAUGUUAAAUCUUAUCUUUUUUCUUGGUGUUCGAAAAGAAACCUAACGCCAAUUUUCGAUAUUCGUCCUACCGGACCGAAACAUCGUCAGCGUUUUUUGUGUGAAGUUCGAGUAGAUGGCUACACAGAUGCUGGUGCAGGGAAUUCUGUCACUAAGAAAGAAGCUCAGAAGAAUGCUUCGCGGGAUUUUGUUAAUUAUUUGAUAAGAACCGGAGUGAUAAACUCAACUGAAGUUCCUGCUGAUGUUAAUGUUAGAAAUGAAGUUCCACAAGUUUCCGGAAAUAGCGGGAUUGUUGGUGUAAUUCAACCAAAUACACAUAACCAGAGACCAGUUUUCCAGGAAGGAAUGGGUCCACAAAUCAUGGGACAAGCAUACCAUGCGGUAGGAGGUCCAAGCCAAACAUUCACAUACAUGGACCGUCUACAACAGCAGAAGAACGUAGCAGAAGCUGAAGAUUUAGAUGUAAAUGCCAUUCUCCAUGGCAACUGGACAAUGGAGAAUGCUAAAUCGAAACUACAUCAGUUUAUGCAAAUACAUAAAAUUAAUGCGGAUUACGUCUACAAAGCUGUAGGUCCAGAUCACACGAGGAGUUUUUGUUGUGAAAUGACAAUAUACGUACGAGAAUUGGGUCGUAACGUGACUGGUCGUGAGACAGCUUCUAACAAACACACAGCAAGUAAAUCAUGCGCUUUAUCAAUUGUAAGACAAUUGUAUCAUCUCGGUGUUAUCGAAGCUUUCAGUGGUACACUAAAGAGAGAUAGAUCUGGUGAAUUUAAUAUGAAGCCUUACCCGGUGGCUAUAAAUCCUGAGUUGGAGAAAGAAAUUGAAGAGACAUUGCAAGAUUUAGGCAUAGAAGCAAUUGAUGUUGAAAAUGCUAAAAAAGAGAGUACAGAAGAUGGAGAUAGUACGGUGACGUUGCUGCAGUUAGACAGAGUGAAGGCGAUGAGGGAGGCCCGGCCUGUACCUGGUGGUGUUGUCUCCUGGUCCCCGCCGCAACAGAACUGGAAUGCAUGGACAGCGUGUAAUAUUGACGAGGGUCCUCUAGCUACGUCCAGUUUGGAAGAAAUCAGCAGUGAUUUGGAGAAACAUCAUAGAUCUGUGUGUCAGAACAGUCAGCUGUAUCAGGAAAGUCUCAAAGAAAGAGAACAGUUACCUGUAUUUGCUAUGAAAAAUACUAUAAUGGAAGCCAUCAAUGAGAACUCUGUGGUCAUCAUCAGAGGUAACACUGGCUGCGGGAAGACUACUCAGGUGUGCCAGUUCAUAUUGGACGACUACAUAGCGAGCGGUCAGGGCGCGUGGGCCAACGUGUGCGUGACGCAGCCGCGCCGCAUCUCCGCUGUCAGCGUUUCUGAACGCGUCGCCAGUGAACGUUGCGAGGAACUAGGCAAUAGUGUGGGAUAUUCAGUUCGUUUCGAAUCUGCAUUACCGAGGCCGUACGGCUCUAUCAUGUUCUGUACAAUCGGCGUGUUGCUGAGGAAGUUAGAAAGUGGUCUGAGAGGAGUCAGUCAUGUACUCGUGGAUGAGGUUCACGAGCGAGACGCGGACACAGACUUCGCUUUAAUUCUGUUACGUGACAUGGCGCAUACUUAUCCUGACUUGAGAAUAAUAUUAAUGUCAGCUACAGUUGAUGUAACAUUGUUCACCAAUUAUUUUGGAAACUGUCCUGUUAUUGAGAUCCCCGGACGUACGUAUCCAGUGAAACAAUAUUUCUUAGAAGAUUGUAUAGAGCUGACACAGUUCAUUCCACCUCCAGAAAUACGUAAACGAAAGGUCACCGGCAAACGAGCUACUAAAGAAGAAGACGAUGAAGAGGAUGAAGGUUUGGGAGAUGAUCAGGAGGAAGAUUUGAAUAGAAAUUGUGUCCUUGGAGACAAUUACACUCAGCAUACCAAAGAAACCAUAAGCAAAAUGUCCGAGAAAGAUCUAAGCUUUGAAUUGAUUGAAGCAUUAUUACUAUACAUAAGGAAAUUGGACGGCGACGGAGCUGUAUUGAUAUUUUUAACUGGAUGGAACAUUAUAUUUGCUUUAAUGAAACAUUUGAUGCGAUCAAAUAUCUUCGGGGAUACAUCUAAGUAUGUGAUUCUGCCCCUGCAUAGUCAGAUACCAAGAGAAGAUCAGAAGAAAGUCUUUAUAACACCUCCGCCAGGCAUCACUAAGGUGAUAAUAUCAACAAAUAUAGCGGAAACAUCAAUAACGAUUAAUGAUGUUGUUUAUGUGAUUGACUCGUGUAAAGCAAAAAUGAAAUUGUUUACAUCUCAUAAUAAUAUGACAUCCUAUGCCACUGUUUGGGUUAGUAGGACGAAUUUAGAACAGCGCAAAGGUCGCGCGGGACGAGUGCGGCCGGGAGUCUGCUUCACGUUGUGCUCGCGCGCUCGCUAUGAUCACCUCGACGAGCACCAGACAGCGGAGAUGUUCCGUACACCGCUGCAUGAACUGGCACUCAGUAUAAAGUUGCUGCGGCUGGGCAGCAUCGGGCACUUCCUGUCGAAGGCGCCGGAGCCGCCGCCGGUGGACGCCGUCAUUGAGGCGGAGGCCUUGCUGCGUGAGCUCGGUUGUCUGGACGCUGCGGAUGCGCUCACGCCACUCGGGACUAUACUGGCUAAGCUUCCUAUAGAACCUCGUCUGGGUAAGAUGAUGGUGUUGGGCUUCGUGCUGGGUGUUGGCGACGCGCUGACCACGAUGGCUGCCAACUCUACCACCUUCCCGGAGAUCUUCAUGGUGGAGGGCCGCAGGAGAUUGUCCAUGCACCAGCGAGCGCUCGCUGGCGACAGAGCAUCAGAUCAUGUCACCAUGUUGAAUUCAUUCCAAAUAUGGGAGAGAGAGAGGGCGAAGGGCGAGGAGGCGGCGACGCGCUGGUGCGAGUGGAAGGGAGUGCAGCAGACCACACUGCAAGUCACCUACGAAGCCAAGACACAACUUACUAAUAUCCUAACAACAACAGUGGGUUUCUCCGGCGAGUGUUGUGUGCCGCAGCACUGGGUGUCGAAUGGUCCCGACCCCGUCCUGGACCAGGUGAUCGCGUUACUCUGCAUGGGUCUUUACCCCAACGUGUGUCUGCAUCAAGGCAAGAGAAGGGUAUUAACAACAGAAGGCAAGUCAGCGUUGAUACAUAAAACAUCAGUGAACUGCAGCAAUCUGGAACAGAAAUUCCCAUCACCGCUGUUCGUGUUUGGUGAGAAAGUUCGUACUCGCGCCAUCUGCUGCAAACAGACAACUAUGGUGUCGCCUCUUCAUCUCUUACUCUUCGGCUGCAGGAAGGUGGAAUGGGUAGACAACGUGAUACGUUUAGACAAUUGGUUGAACUUCGAGAUGAAUCCGCGCUCUGCAGCUCUGGUGGUGGCUCUCAGACCCGCCAUUGAGAAGUUGGUGGAGCGCGCCGCCGCUCAGCCUGAUGCAGCACUAGAAUUCUCUCAAAUUGAGAAAAAGGUACUACAUUGUAUGAAAUCGCUUUGCGUAUUCGAGGCAGGUGAUUAUAAUAUACAACGAGAUGCCUGUAAACCUACUUUUAGACUGGAUACAAAGAGAGCACCAUUGGGAUGGGGCCCAAAUAAUCAUAGAGGGAACUUUGGUAGUUUAGGCUUCGGAGAUCAAGUGGGAUACAGCAAUCGGGGAGGAUUUAGCAAUCGAAGUUAUGGCAAUAGGGGAGGAUUUGGCAAUAGGGGAGGUUUCGGAAAUAGAGGAGGAUUUGGGAACAGAGGAGGGUUUGGUAAUCAAGGAUAUGGGUUCUAUCAGAUUGAUUCAAAUGGAUUUAAUAAUCGAAGGGGCUUCGGCAAUCGCGGCGGCUUUGGAUACAGUAAUAAUAAUUACGGUAAUACGAGUGGAUUCCAAGGAAGUAGUGGCUAUGGUAAUUAUAAUUAUGGAAAUUCCAGUGGCGGUAGCAGUUAGAUAUAAUUUAUUAGAAAAUGUUUUGA